GGCUGUAAAUAGUGGUCCUGUGCGUCCGGUACUUUCAGUUGUUUAAGUGUCAUGGCGUACUUCGCAACGUUUUUCUUGGUUGCGUUGGUAGCCUCAAGCGGUUUGGCUCAACAGCAGACCAAAGAAGACGAACCGAAGAAAGAGGAGAGUUUCGAAUCCGAAAUAUGCAAAGAUAAAGACGCGGGCGAGUGGUUUCGUUUAGUGGGAGGUGAGGGCGAUACCUGUCGAGACGUUAUUCAAUGUACAUCGUCAGGUCUGCAAGCUAUUCGUUGCCCUGCUGGUCUAUAUUUCGACAUUGAAAAGCAAACAUGCGACUGGAAGGACUCUGUUAAAAACUGCAAAUUGAAAAACAAAGAACGGCGGGUAAAACCCAUGUUGUUUACCGACAAACCGGUAUGUAACGAAGGAGAAUUGGCCUGCGGAGAUGGUCAGUGUAUAGAAAGAGGGUUGUUCUGUAAUGGGGAAAAGGAUUGCCAGGAUGGGUCUGAUGAAACUACCUGUGAUAUCGAUAGUGACCCCAAUAGCGCCCCAAGCUGCGACCCUGCAGUAUGCGUUCUCCCCGAUUGUUUCUGCUCAGAAGACGGUACAGCCAUUCCUAAUGAUUUACCAGCCAAAGAUGUACCUCAAAUGAUAACUAUCACAUUCGACGACGCCAUAAAUAAUAACAACAUCGGCCUAUACAAGAAUAUUUUCAGCGGUGAACGGAAAAACCCCAACGGUUGUCACAUCAAGGCCACAUUCUUUGUUUCUCACAAGUACACCAACUACUCGGCCGUCCAAGAAAUGCAUAGAAAAGGUCACGAAAUCGCAGUACACUCUAUAUCGCACAAUGAUGACGAAAACUUCUGGUCCAAUGCCAGUGUAAACGAUUGGGUCAAAGAAAUGGGAGGUAUGCGAGUCAUCACCGAGAAGUUCGCCAAUAUUACCGACAACAGCGUAGUCGGAGUAAGAGCCCCAUAUCUAAGAGUGGGAGGUAACAACCAAUUUACUAUGAUGGAAGAAGAAGCAUUCUUAUACGACUCUACUAUCACCGCACCCUUAAAUAACCCGCCGCUAUGGCCAUAUACUAUGUAUUUCAGAAUGCCACAUAGAUGUCACGGAAACCUCCAAAAUUGCCCAACAAGAUCACACGCUGUAUGGGAAAUGGUACUUAAUGAACUAGAUAGAAGAGAAGAUCCUGAAAAUGAUGAGUAUUUACCAGGUUGUGCCAUGGUUGAUUCAUGUUCUAACAUUCUUACUGGAGAUCAGUUUUAUAACUUUUUAAAUCAUAAUUUCGACAGGCAUUACAACGAGAACAGAGCUCCAUUGGGUCUUUACUUCCAUGCCGCUUGGUUAAAAAAUAAUCCUGAAUUCUUAGACGCUUUUCUGUACUGGAUAGAUGAAAUUCUCUCAAACCAUAAUGAUGUAUAUUUUGUAACAAUGACACAAGUUAUUCAAUGGAUUCAAAAUCCUAGAACCAUCUCCGAAGCCAAGAACUUCGAACCAUGGAGGGAAAAGUGUGUAGUAGAAGGAAUCCCAGCCUGUUGGGUACCUCAUAGCUGUAAGCUUACUUCUUCCGAAGUACCCGGAGAAACUAUAAAUCUCCAAACUUGCGUAAGGUGUCCAAAUAACUACCCAUGGUUAAAUGACCCAACCGGUGACGGUGUCUUCUAAGUCAGUUCUAGUUGAAUUUGUAGGGUAGUAUUUGAAAGCAGAGUUGCCCACAAUAUUAUGGGCAGCUAGUGAUCAAACGUUACAAUAUUUCGUAUUUAUUUUUUAGCAAUGACUGGUAUGCGUGAUCUUGUUGUUAUAAUAAAAACUAAGAAUUAGACUGUUAAACAGAUGCUCGAAGCAUAGUGAGUCUCACGUUUUAUGUAAUAUACACUCCUACUAGAUAUUUUUGUAAAAAAUGUAUUUUUGUAUGUUUUAUAGAAACGAAAUAAAAAUUAUUUCAACGGUA